GUCCCCGUCAGCGAUCGGUUCGCACGCGGUUAAAAUACUGCGCCCGGGUCUUUUCAUUCAGCGCAAAGCGGAGAAGGCCUGUGUGUGAAACCGCUUGAAAAAGUCCGUUGGAGCUCUUGGGUGAGUGGCGGUUGUCAGCGGUGGUGGUGGUGGUGUCUGAUACUCGCCAGUGCUGGAGGUUAUUGUGCGGAGACAGACUUCAUUUUUUCCGCUCUUGUUCUUUCUUUCUUUCAUUCACUUUACCCUGACCGCAGGCUUUUCUUCCUUGAUCCCUUCCACUUCUUCCCCUCCGUCGUCGUCUUCGUCGUCGUCGUCCUCGUCACUAUUUGUGUGCCGGUGUGUGCGUUCCUGACUUGGGAAAUACAAAUACAGGCGCUGGUGGGGAAAAAGGGUUGUGACCGUUGUAGAUGUUCUCGGAGUACUUGAUGAAGCUGGUGUCAUCGUUGUCGUCGUCGUCGUCCACCCAGCUGUGUCCACUGUGAAGCCAUCGUACUUUCCAUCGUCGAAGUGAGCGGCUCACCACUCCAUCUCGUUGCUGAGUGGCUGGCUGCUGCCACGAGCAGAAGUUGUUUCAAGGACUUAAAAAGAGACUUAACCCCUCCUACGUCAGGAGCCAGAAACAAUAAAGAGGCGUGGUGAGGAGUGGGCGUUGACGGGAUUAUGACAAGAUGGCGGGAGGGUCGAGGAGGUGGCGAGAGCUGUUGAUGCGACUGUCCUUGCUAUUCAUCGCCCACGUCGUCCACGUAAUCGCCUUGGAUACCUGGUGGCGUCUGGGAAUGUACAGCUUGGACGCCUUCCGCAACCCGCAGCUCUACAUCCUGGGCGCGGCCCCCAUGUGCACGCAACUCAAGGGCCUGUCUGUGGGACAGGUGAAGUUCUGUCAGGUGUACCACGACCACAUGCCAGCCAUCAGCAGAGGCGCCCAAAUGGGCAUCGUGGAGUGUCAGUACCAAUUUCGCUUUCGUCGGUGGAACUGUAGCACUGUAGACGAUUCGUCGGUCUUUGGACCCGUGUUAAACAUAGCCAGUCGGGAGGCGGCCUUCACGCACGCUGUCUCGGCUGCUGGAGUGGUGUACGCCAUCAGUCGCUCCUGCCGCGAGGGGGAGCUGCAGAGCUGUGGCUGCAGCAGGGCGCGGCGACCCAAGGACCUCAACCGGGACUGGAUCUGGGGAGGGUGUGGUGACAAUAUCGAGUACGGCUACCGCUUCGCCAAAGCUUUUGUGGAUGUACGCGAGAAGGAAAAGAACCAUCCGCGGCACUCCAGGUCCCUGGCCAGGAUGCUGAUGAACCUGCACAACAACGAAGCCGGGAGAAUCGCCGUGUACAACUACGCCAAAGUUGCCUGCAAGUGCCACGGAGUGUCCGGGUCCUGCAGCCUGAAGACCUGCUGGCAGCAACUCCCAACCUUCCGGGAGGUCGGAGACCGCUUGAAGGACCGCUACGACGGCGCCACGGAGACCAAGUUCAACAACCGGGGCACCAAACUCAAGCGCAAGAACCGGCGCUUCAACAAGCCCAACAAGGAGGACCUCAUCUACCUGGACGACUCUCCGGACUACUGCACCGCCAACCCAGAGACCGGCUCCCUAGGGACCGUGGGGCGAGAGUGCAACCGCAGCUCUCAAGGGAUGGACGGGUGCACCCUGAUGUGCUGUGGGCGGGGCUACAACACCUUCAAGCGGAAGCUGGUGGAGAGGUGUCACUGCAAGUUCUACUGGUGCUGCUAUGUCCGUUGUAAGACGUGCGAACGUGUGUUGGACGUACAGACGUGCAAGUAAAGAAAAAAAAAAUAAAGUGUGCCGAGGUGAGAACCGUCCUCGAUCAACACGGACAAAGGUGGAACAACGAGUCAGUCAGAGGUCAUUGCUGCCCGAUUUAAAGGGUGGGUUAAACUGAUGUGAGUCAGCAGGCGGAACUUUAUUCGUGCGCAUGCGCUUACUGGCUGUGCUCAACUUCCGGUCAUGUAACUUGGGCACGAACGCGACCAAACUGAAAGGCUGAAAUAACAACACUUGAAAGGAAAGAGAAAACGGGUUCUAAAACACACAAGUGGAAUCAUUCACCGCUUGAACAGAUGAUCGCCAUUGGUCACUCCUGUGGAAUGGCGGGUAAAAUUUGCCGUUCAAUUACCGCUUAAAUCGGAAACUGAAAAUGACCUUCCUUCGUCCAAGAUGCCUGUUCUUCUGAGUCCUUCAGAAAGGGACGGCACUCUACUGUAAAAACGUGUGAUUAUGUCGUCGAUGAUGGAUCAGCGUUGAGGACUUCCGUGCAUUUAGAUGAAAAGAUGGCGACUUUUAGGAAGUUUCCUCUGCCUCAUUCCCUCUUUCACAAACAUGUCACCCACCCACAGGCGUACGUACACACACACAGACCAGCAGCGCCCACCCCUGAAUCUCCCAAAACCUUUUUUUAUAAAUCAUGCGCCAUGGGAGGGGGAGGAAACCCACCCAGUCAUGUGAUUGUCUCGUGCCAAGACGUCCUGCUAUUGGACGAAGCAUUCUGACGUCUGCGUGUUCACUUCAGGAGGCUCAUGUCGGUUACUAGGAUGUGGACAAGAUGCAGAUGGCGCUUGCUGUUGUGCGAUGCGCAUGCGCACUCAAAAGGUGGAUGGUGCUUUCAGCUGUACGCCCAACUUGGACUAGCCAGUAGUGUCCCUUUGAGAUCACAAAAUAUUCUUGCGUCGGCAAGCACGAGAUUAUCUCCCUUUCUUCUCUCUCUCGUCCAUAGCACAUCACCGGACUUUUCUACUCGAAGUCACAAUUAUUUUUUUCUAGAAAUAAACUGCUACAGAUACAGUAAGGUGCUAGCCUUGUCGUGCAUUUCCUCCCUGUGUUGAAAGUCAUUAUAGUUACACGAGAAAAAAAAGACAGUCGUAAUCGUCAAAAUUUGUACACGAAUGACUGUCAAGAACAUCUAUGCGAAGAAAUAACGGAAAUUCUCUUUCCCAAAUAAUGGUUAAGCAUUCUUUGGUGCAAACUAUAUAGAAAGAGUUAAAAACGCACAGUAUUUUAUUUCAGUACUUUUUCAUCGAUUUCAUAGAGAUGCUGACUUUGAUUCUACCCCGAAUGACAAACCUCCUCAUGGGUUUUGGAAGCCUUUGCUUGGUUUGAACUAAUUAUGGCGGUAGCCUGAUAGUAGUCUGGACAAGGGUUAGCAGCUGAAACAUUCUGAAUCAUGUCCCCAUGGCUCAGCCUGGACAUUGAUAUUGAAAACAAUCACACCAUUUUCUUGAGGCUCACGAAAUAGGAGUCAAUGGAAACAAGAGUAGAGCUGGUGUUUCCCUUGUUCUGAUUCCUUUUCCCUUUUCCAAUUCAUAUUUUGGACGACACUAUUAAAAACUAAAACAAGUUUUCUAACUGAAAAUCUCACUGAAAAUCUGGCAGUCAAUGAACUGACUAAGUCAGGAAAAAUAAUGAAAGAAGAACUCUGUGGACAAGAAGCUUGAGGACCAAGACACCACACGACUGAUGAUUUCAACAGAAUGAACUAACUUUUUAUUUUCUCUUCACACUGAGAACCGUCGUUUGCUCUUGAUUGUUUCCUCGCGCUAUUUUUUUUUUUUUCAGAUAUGUGCUUUUUUGCAGAGGGCUCAAACAUUGACCUGAACAAGAGUUCACCACUUAUCUCGACCACAAACUGAUCAACACUCUAAUGGCGUCCUGCCUUGUUGUGAGACGCGCGAAGAGCAUUGGAGUGGAGAGACUGAACUGGAUAAUUAUCAAGGUGUUCAAAUCAUGUUACUGCAGAAUGAUUCACCUAUCGUGUACAUAUUUUCACGUAUAUUUAUGUAUAUUUACCUUAUAGACCUUUUACUACUCCGUACAACCGGGUUUUUGCAGUCAGUUAUGUUUGUUAUUUUAACAUGGCCCUUUACAAGUUUGUUGAGUUGGAUACUCAGUAGAUGUAUUAUUUAUUGACCACUCGUUGUACGUUGCAUCUAGUUAUCAAGGUCGAUGUGGAUUAGCUGUGGAUUCAACGUUUUACUCGACUGUUUUGCAUUGCUAACAGCCCUCACGAGACAUCGCAUUAUGACCUUUCUUGACCUGGUGGCGAUGUAUGCGUCCAAGGAGCUACUUACUGCUUUUGUUUUUUGUUCCUCACUGGCACCCUGGGUACAUAAUAUACGUCACUGACGUGCUUGUAAAUUUAUCGAUGGUGUCAUUGUUGUGGUUCAUGUGGUUGUGGUCAUUGAUGGUUGAUGGUUUUUUUUAAUUUUGUGCUUUUGAUUGUCUUACUUGCUUCCGUGUAACUUUCGUCGAGACAGUUUUAUUUGAAAUUAUUUCUCAGACUCUGAGCUUCAUCUAGCAUCUGUAUUUCUCUUUUUUAAAUUAAUUUGGAACAUAUUUGAAUUUGUUAACCGUUUAUUAUUUCAUUGAUUCUUUCAUCCAUUCAUUAGUUGUUGAAUUUAGUUUUAUUAAUGAAGAACAUUUUCCAAAUUUGACAACACAAAGUCCAGUUUUAGGAUGAAAAGCUCCGAAUGGGAGGUUAAAUAUUCGUUUUUUCAGGUAAAGAAAAUUAAUAUCUCGCACUAUGCUCUGUGUGAGUAUUUCCCAUACAAAGAAACGCUCAAGCAGCAUAAUGUUGGAGGAAAAUACUGAUGUACUCUGUAAUACGGUCAUCUUCUUACCUCGCCUUCAUUCACUCUCCCCGUUAGCUCGUCAACCCCGCUUUUCGUCUGUCCAUACCCUGACUUCUUCACUGUCUCUUGGUCAGUCACUCUUGCUGAUGACUUUGACGAUGAGUUUAACCAAUCAACACGUGGAAAAUGUUGCAUUUCUUUUCUUUUCUCUGGCGUGCACACACACACACACCUAAUGUUGUCGGACUACAUUCAGAAAAGGCGGUAAAAGACAUCUAAUGAAGAGAUCACUUAUUAAGUCUUUCAAAGUGGAUGGACAGCCUUUGUAUAAAAUACAAUUCCACUAUGGCCUGGGGAUUCAGUUCCUGGAAAACUGUUGCCUAAUCGGAAUCGUGAGAUAGAGAAGAGAGAUUCACUUGCAAAGAAAAAAACCAGUAAAUAAUAAUAAUCCUCGCGAGUAUUUAGAAGAGCACUUCUAGCUGCUGUUUCACAUGUGAUGUUUUUUUUAUUAUAAACCGAACUGGCAUUUACGAUUUUCGUCCUGGCACACUCCAUACAGUCUAAAUAUUAACUGCAAUGACUGCUGGUUCAGUGAGUCAUCAUAUAGCUAUUGCUAAAGAAGUUUUGAACUUUGAAUAAUGUAUGCCACCCUUUAUGUCACAAAGUUUCUCUCAUCAAAGCUUUGCAUAUGCCUGUUAGUGACGAGAAAGACUUAUGUGCAAAUUCUGAGAACAAGCAUUCAAAACACACACAAAGAAAGAAACCGAUCUUUGGAUUCCUAAAACGAACAAAAAUCAUAACUUAUCAGAUUGUGUGGAGCAGUGGGAGAAUUUAUGAAAACAUGAUUUGAAACAACAAAAUACGACUAGUGACAAGCAUAAGCGCCAUCAUGAAAUAUGUAACAGGCAAGUAGGAUCGAAAUGAAGGUGAUAGGACUGUUUGUGGCAAACAUGGAUGAAGGGGUAAAGUACCCGUAUAUAGGAACAAAGUCAAACAGGAGGGGACUGGGGAAGAGAGACUGGGUGUGUACAGCUCAGGACAAGGACUCCAGAUAGUCGAUGUCGGGUAAAGAUGAAGGAGGAGGAUGUGUGUGUGUGUGCAGAAGGAUGAUCUGAAUGAUCUGUCGACCAGAAAAUCGAACAACUGCUGACACGGUCAAAAACUGAUUGUUACUUGAGAGAAUAAUCAACGUUUAUUUACUAUUAAUAAGGUUUAAGAGUUAAGAAAGAAGGAUAAUGUAUAUACGUAGACAGAUGAUGGAUAUACUGGUAGACAAUUGCAGAAUCAGUUGCUUCGUUGGUUUUUAUUAUUAUUAUUAUUAUUAUUAUUAUUAUUAUUAUUAUUAUUAUUAUUAUUAUUGCUUUUCUUAAUUUUCGUCGUUUUGGUGUAAAAGCCGAUUUCGCUUUGAUAUUUAUGCAAAUGGAACAGACAUUGCAUUGUGUGUCUUAUAUUGACCUACGUGUGUGCGUACAUGCGUUUGUGUGUGUGUGGAUGUAGGUACGUGUGUGACGUUUUGUGACGUACAAGUCUCCCGAAGAUUCGCUAUGUAUGCACAGGGAUUAUAGUGCGCGGCCAUCGAACUUUUCACCAGGUUUCUGUGCCAUGUAUUUUUUUUUUCUCUUUCUUUAAAAUAGUGGUUCUGUGACGUCAGCGAGUAACGCACAGCAACGGGAAGUGCUGUCAUAUGACGUGGUAGUGCUGUCCGCAUCUGUCUCAGGAACUCGGGUGACCCGAGGAAUCAUCUAGAACACGUGUAAAUCCGUGGCACAACAGCAUAUUACACGAAGAAAGCUGCAUUUCUUUCCCCCCGGGUACAUAUAGAUAUGUCAAACUUUGCAGCAGAAUUGUCACUGGUUCAAAUUUUUUAAUGAUAAUUGUUAAUUAAUUUAUUGCCAGGAAUAACUGAUAUGAAUCAGAACACCUUCUCUCUCUCAAACACACACGCACGCACGCAGAGGUUUUCACACCACUAAAGAAUGUCUUCCGAGCAAGGUAGACAUGUUUAGACUUUGCACACCUCUUGUGUGUGCAACGACAUUAGUGCACAAACUUUUUGAACAAAGUAAACGGUUCAUCUGUGUAAAGAUGUGUUGGUGAGUGUGUUGGUGAGCACCACUCACUGCUCACCACUCUCGUUAAUGUAAUGUAAUUACAGUUACCUGACACAUGUUUUUAAUUUUUGACCUCGUUGAUAUUUUUUGUUACAUGGUUAUUGUCCAUAGCUGUUGAUCUUGACGAUUUGUGUACAGUUACUUUACGUAAAAUACUAGCCACAGUUCACCAUCACCUGUAGCCACUACAGCAGCGUUGACAAUGGUCAGUCAUUCAUUAUUGCUUCGGUAUUUUAUGAAGGGAACACGUGUCUGGGUCAGGUGAUGAUUAGUCUGCCGUGGUCUUUCUGUAUUUUUUCUGGCGUGCACUCUUGUUAGGUUGCAUAUAUUUUAUUAUUUUUGCUUUUCUUCUAUAUCUCUAUUUCAAGCUCAUAGUCUUAAUUAAGUUUCGUCGAUAACAACUGUUUACGAAAAUAAAACAGGAGAAAGCAGAAAACCUACUUUUGUACCCACCCACCCGUCCAUGCACACACAUCCCUAUCAUCAAUUGUAUGUUGAGUUUGAGUACAAUCACUUUUUAUCAGACAAGUGCAGUGGUGGGAACAGGAGUGACGAUGUAAGGGAGGUAACUGCAUUCGGAUUUUUAACUCCCUUAGGUUAUCGCUGUCUUCGGUGAUUAUAGUGAAAAGGGGAAACCUUUGUUAAGAAACUUUACGAUGUUGUUUUUAUUGCAGUUAAUAUUCAAAGUAUUAUUCAGGUAGAAUUUAAUUUAUGUUACGAAAUAUUACGGUGUCAAAAACCUACCUUAUUGUCAAUGUAGAGAAUUUUUUUCUUAAACAGAGAUAAUCGCUAAGCUAUACCAUAAUCACCUUCAGUUAGAUAUGACUGUAUAUUAACUGAGACUUCACGUCUGCUAGUUAGGGGCGCCUGAUAUCGUAGUGGUUAAAACAUUCGCUUGUCACCUUUGCAGUGAGCGGCUCAGGGUUCAGAUCUCGUCUUGGGGCACUCUCUGUGACACCUGUUUGCAGGGAUGGGCGUCGGGGGUUUCUCGAGGUACUCCGGUUUCCUCCUUCUACCCUCAUAGUUCGAAAUUGCCGAGGGUGGAAGCACUUUCCUACUAAAUCAACCAACCAACCACUGCUAAGACAUAAAACUUAAGUUGCGGUGUCUGUGGCGGUCACACGACAGCGAAAUGGCACCGACUUUGCUCAUUAUCAUAAUAAACUGCAUUUAAAGUUCCCUUAGUCUAGAAGUUUCCUUGUUACCUUCGCAUUCUCCUUGCAGCGCUUCUGGACAUAUCGGCAUUGCCAUAUGCUGUCGUCCAGUGGAAAUGCUGUUUUCUGUUGAUUCGACUUUGAUUCACUUGACUUUUAUGCAAUUUUUCUUUUAUCCCCCAUUGUUGACCUGAAGUUAGGAAUUACGCUAACCUCUUUACUUGCAUUGACAUCUAAUUUGUUAGAGAUUUUUUUUAAAAUUAUUUAUAGCUUGCUUCUCACCUGUAACUAAAAAAUUCGAUGCAUUAUUCUAGUUUUAAAAUUCUAGUUUGAAAAAAAGUUUCCUUCUGUAAAAUUUCGGGAAAGAAAGAAAAUUCAAAAACCCAAAUUUCAUUAGUUUGACUCGACUAAAUCUGAGAUUAUAAAACCACUCAAAAAUUGUUUUCUUAUUUUUUGAAACAAAAGCCAUAGAGAUAGGUGUCCAAAUGGCUGUUAUAACUUGCAGUGGUUGGAGAAUUUGUCUGAAGCAUCCGCGGUCGGGGUGUCCCACGUGUCGAGAACGUGAGUGACGUCAUACAAACGAAUCCUUUUGUAAGGUGCUGACUUGCCCUUUGUGUACCAGUGUCGAUAUGCCUGUAAUAUGAUGAGCAGCUUGUGGUCACUUGUGAAACAGGGUGAUUCAGGGUACGAAUACAUUUGUACAGAAAUAAAACAGAACAUUAGAUGCGGUCAA